UUUCUCCACUUUUCUGAGGUUUGUCCAAUUCGGGAGCAUUUUACAUUUGAGAAUACUGGGAUUAACUAUAUGCCGAAGACUAGAAGCAGAGGCAUUGGCACCGAGGGUGCAUUCUCGGCAGUUAAGCGCGAGCAGGUUAGAUGCGACGGAGACGGAGGAGACAGCUCGGCGGCGGGUGACCACGAUGAAUCUACCCGGUCGAGCCAGUUGGAUCGGCGGGUGCUCCGGUCUAGGUACCUGGCAGUCAUGAAUCUGAUUAAUGAUGAGAGAGAGGAUUUAACGAGGGGGGACUCGGAUAAGUUCAGCACCAUCAUUGGUGAAGUGGAGAGGUUGCAUGAAUUAGUUCAGAAGCCAAGGGAGCAAGUUGCUGAUGCGGAGGCACUAUUGGGCAUUGCUAAUACUUUGGCGACAUCUGUUAAAUCGCAUUCCAGUGAGGGUAUUACGCCUGCAGAGUUUGUUAACUGUUUGCUCAAGGAGUAUGGACAAUCUGGGGCUGUUGCCACCCAAGAGAGUGCUAAGAUUAUGCUCCUUUGGAAAGAUAUUGGUAUUGCUGUUGCACCCAUCUUUAGUAAGGCUCAUGGAUGUGCCACCAUGAUUGGACCUAUGAAUACUGAGUUGAAGCAACGGAAGACCGUGGUUCAUAGAAGGCGUGCAAAGCCAGCUGAAACUGCUCGUCCUGAAGAGGUUAACGACAAUGGGGAAGAAGGAAAAACAGAUACUGAUAAGAAUAUGUCAACAAUGUUUGAGAUUUUAAGGAAGAAGAAGCGUGUUAGACUUGAGAGUUUGAUAUUGAAUAUGAAGUCCUUUGCACAGACAGUAGAAAAUUUAUUUUCUCUGUCAUUCUUAGUCAAAGAUGGGCGAGCUGAAAUAACUGUGAACGAAAAUGGUUCUCAUAUUGUUUCUCCAAGGAAUGCUCCUGCAGCAAACUCUGUUAUGUCUGGGGAGGUUGCCUACGGUCAUUUUGUGUUCAGAUUUGAUUUUAAGGAUUGGAAGUUAAUGAUGGAUGCCGUUGCAGUUGGCGAGGAGCUAAUGCCACACAGGAAUGGCUCAAACUCAGCUGCCUCUGAAGCAGAGCCAGGAGUAAAGUAUUCCCAAGCAUCAUUACCCACAACGCCAAUAAGGAAACUGAGCAGGAACCGUGGCCUGGUGGUGCAGGAAGAAUCCAUUGUAGAAGAAUCUCCCGACAACGAAGAUGGCAUGUCUAAGGGAGCCAAUGCAAUCCGUGGGUGUAAGCGUAAGCUGACAUGAAAGCCCAGGCUUCCUAGAAACAUGUCAAGCUUAAUGUAGCUAUCAUCUCAAGUAUGCAGGUUUUGCUAUCCUUUUGUCCAGAAGCCUCUGCACUUUUGCUGCGUCUUAAUAUGUACAUAGUUAGGUUCAAUGGCUUUUUUUAGUUAGAUGUUAGAUUCUGUGUACUUUUCUAGGUGGAUUUCCACUUUUUUGCACCCUUUUUCUUCGUCUCCAUUCUUUUGCCACUAUUUUUGGGUUCCACCAAUGGAAAACUCCUCCCC